AUGUACAAUUCCGUGACUCAGAGGUGGGAGAGUCUCCCAAGCAUGAAUACCCCGAGGAAUCUGUGUAGUGGGGCAUUUAUGGAUAAGAAAUUCUAUGUACUUGAGGGAACUGGUGGAGUGGGGAAUGAUGCUACGGUUCUCACUUGUGGGGAGGAGUAUGAUUUAGAGUUAAAAAUGUGGACUCGAAUUCCUAACAUGUCUCCUCCAAGGAAUGGGACAGAUGGGCAGGCUGAGAUGCCUGCGGCAGCUGGGGCACCCCCUCUGGUUGCCGUAGUAGUAAACAACCAACUUUAUGCGACCGAUCAUGCUGACAUGGCAGUAAGAAAGUAUGACGAGGCGAGAAAUUCAUGGUUUACUAUCGGAAGGUUUCCCAAAAGAGCGGUUUCAAUGAAUGGUUGGGGUCUUGCGUUCAGAGCAUGCGGUGAUCGCCUUAUAGUGAUCGGCAGUCCUACCGCCUCAGGUCUAAGUUUUAUAGAGCUCAAUUCGUGGGUUCCGAGAGAAGGGCAUCCACAAUGGGACUUACUAUCCAGAAAGCGAUUGGGUAACUGUCUAUAA